UUAGAAGGAGGGACAUUCGUAUUCUAUAGAGCAUUUGAUUGGACAAAAAAAAAGGGUGCAUCAUGAAUAUUUCUGCUGCUUUUCCUUCUGGUUUGAAAAUAAAACUGAAUUUGAUUUUGUUUGAAAAAAUGUUUGUUUCGUUUUUUUGAAGCCUUCUCCUCAUUUUACAGAUCAUAAGAUGUGUAGGUGAUGUACAUAUUUCUGUACUCAUGGUUUUUCUGUUUUCUGUAGGUAGAGAAGCUGUAUAUGUGCUCCACCGUUCCAGUCUCAGCAUACCGAGGAGCAAUAGUUCUUCACCCCAAAGUUUUCUCUCAAUAGUGUGGCAUUGGACUCUAAAUAUGACCGAGUCUUUCAUUAACAUCUCUGUGGAUUGGUACAACAUAAUGGAAAGCAAACACAUGGAUCUGUUCCUCAUCCCCACGGUUCUGCUAACCUCUGUCACAAUGCUGGUCAACCCCGUUCUGUCCCUCUGCAUACUGUGCUUUCCUUCGCUACGUCAAGAGACCCGCUACCUGCUCCUCGCGAACACGCUCUUCGCCGACAUGCUUUUCCUGACCGUAAACCUUGCGAUGGUCUCCUGCAACUCUGUGGGACUGAAAAUGCCCUACACGCUGUGUAAGUUUAUGAUGGUGAGCAUGGUGAUGACGUACAGCUGCUCUGUGCUCACCGUCACACUGAUGGUCGUCGACACGUAUGUGGCUGUACGUUGGCCUUUACGUUACAAAGAUAUUCUCCCGCCAUCUCGGGCCAAGAAGAUAAUCAUGAGCCUUUGGGUGAUGGCCGCAGUGUGUCCAGUCUCUUUGCUAGUGAUGUUUGAGGUGGUGAUGGGCAGGAACCAGCAGAGCUGUCCGUUGUGUUUGGUGUUAAUUGCACUGCACUCAUUGGAACAGAAAAUGAAGGUUGGCGUUCAUUUGUACUUCAUCAUUGCCGUCAGCCUCUGCACUGCUCUCAUCGUGUACUGUUACAUACAUCUCUACAUCAUCACCAAGACUUCUGGGAUAUGGCGUAGUCGGUAUUCCCGGGCGCGUAUGACGCUUUUGGCACACACUCUGUUGCUCAUGAUGUAUUUUGUACCUGCGCUGGUCUUUGCUGUCGAGCUGGCUCUUUUAAAGCGAGAAACCAAGGAUGAUUUGGGAGUGUGGAUUGAGUUGGUGAAUAUGUGCGUACUGAUGUUGUUGCCACGCUGUUGCACUCCUUACCUGUACAUAUUGCGCUAUCGCGAGAUUUACGAGACUGUCCAGCAGGUGUUGUGGAAGAAGAGACACCAGAGUCAGAGGAGUGCAGCCUAGAAGAGAGGACUUGAAGCUAGAGGAGAGCCAUGCUCCAAAAUAAUUGUAACUGGUCCCUCUGUUUUUGGAGGAUUCAUUUGCAGAAGAGUGAAUUUAAAGGAACACUCCACUUUUUUUGAAAAUAGGCUCAUUUUCCAACUCCCCUAAAGUUAAACAGUUGAG